GGCAAGAGGAAGCCGGUGACGCCGCGGAUUCGGAAGGGCGAGAUGCCCACGCUCACGGACUUCCGCAGGAGCGGCAAGGAACGCUGGGACCUGGUGGCCAGGAAGGAAGAGGCGAAGCAGGGCAAGCCUCCGCGCAUAGCACAGUCCUUCCGAACGACGGAGGGCUACAGCACUUUCAGCAAGGAGUCGCACCUGGGGCCACUGCUCACAUCUCUUCACGAUGGCAGCCUUUUCGGAGAGCUGGCCCUGCAGAACACGGAGCCGCGCAGGGCCAGUGUCGUGUGUUUGGAGGACUGCGAACUUCUGCGCCUUCGAAAGGAGGACUUCCUCGCAGCUAUCCGCGACCGCAAGGAUCAGAUCUACUUCUUCCACCAGCACGUCCCAUCCUUCAAGGAAUACGCGGACAAACGAGCUCAAGGCGCUCUUACGGAUCAUCC